GCAGUCCUGCAGAAAGUAGUUAGCUGGGAGACUCGGUGGGUUCAUCUUCUGGCACUAUGUAGAUGCCAUAGCCCUACUGCCCCAGCUGUGCACCAAAAGCAGCCCUCUAUAGCAAUUGUCCUGGACUGAGGCCUCAGAUCUGGGGGCAAUGAGCAAUGAGCUUCCAGCAAGCCCCUUAUGCACCUACAGAAUGCUGCUUCAGUUAUAUAAAACAUGCUCUCCGAUUUGCUAAUCUGAAGGAUUCCUUUGAGACCCCGAAGGAGUGUUUCUUUCCAGCAAUAGUGUUUGAGACUAAGAAUGGGAUCAAGAUCUGUGCGGACCCGAAGCUGCCCUGGGUCAUGAAAACAGUUGAGAAAAUUCAAAAAAAGAAGAGUACUCGUGCUCCGUGAUCUACAGCAGAAACCCCAGUUCAGGCUAUCCCUCUUUCUGGUGGAAAGAUUUAUACUCAGCCUCCUGGAAAGGGACUGUGGCAAGUCCUUGAUGGUGAGAGAUGGCACUGACCUACUAGAGACCUGCCCCAUGCCAGUCAGCCAGGUAUCAGCUCCUCGGGUGCCCAUGCCCUGCUAGAACCCACCCACAGAGUGCAGCAAUGAAAUAAAAGUUUA